AUUUACCUAUUUUUUUAUUAAAGAAAAGCUAUAUAAUGCUAACAAAAUAAAAAGGAGGGUUCAAAUUAAAACGAGUUGUAUAUUAAAAUGCGCCUAACUUCAUAAGAUUUAUCUAAUUAAAAAAGAGAGGUUAGGGUUUGACAUUUCCUAAUUACAUUAAUAAAAAUAGAUGUUUUUAAAGAAUAUAUGUUGAUUAAACAUGCAAUGGAGUCAAAAUUGGUAUAAGGUCCCAAAAAUAUUCAAUGGAUAAGGUAAAUAAAGAUGAUUGUUUGGUGAGUGUUAUAAUUUAAAAGAGCCCAAAUGAAUGUUAUGGAGACACGUUGUCGCUUAUGUGCAGAAUGUUACGUCGAUAGAAUUUCGGUAUUGGAAAAUUCCAGUUUGUCAUCGAAGAUAUUUCAUCUCUUUCAAAUCAAAAUCACCAAUAAUGACAGACUGCCCACAACAAUAUGUCAAAAAUGUUAUGACUUGGUACAAACAACAUGGGAAUUCAAUGACCACAUUCAGAAAGCUCAGGAAAUAUUAAAUGAGUUGGCAAACACCAUAUUGUCAGCCAAUGAAUAUGUUGAUUCAAAUGAUUGUGUGGACGAUAAUGAGACUAGUUUGUCCUUUGAUGAACAUACUGCUGUUAAUUUAAAAUGUGAAUUUGAGGAGAGUAAUUUGUUUAUCAAGGCUGAGGAUGUAGCCCCAAUUUUAAAGAUUACCAAGACUGAGAAAAAAGCAAAGAAAUCAUCAAAGAAAAAAGACACCACCCUGGAAAGUCUACCGGAUCUGGACGAAUUCGAUAUAAAUCCAGACGGGUCUCUUCGGCCAAAAUCAAGUUUAAUCGGUUGGGACGCGUAUCCGUGGACUUGCAGCGAUUGCCAUCAAAAUCUGCCGGGCUCUGAGGACCUGCGCGACCACUUCGCCGCCGUGCACAGCUGCGCGCCGCGUUAUCUCUGCGCCGACUGUCCCAAAAUAUACACCAAGUACAGCACGUUUCUGACGCAUAUCAGAACGCACAGAGUAAAGUUAAAGUACUGUUGCGACGUUUGCAACAAAUGGUUUAAUACGGUUAGUGAGCAGGAAAAGCACAGGUCUGAGCAUGGGGAUGAAAGGCCGCAUGUAUGUUCCACUUGCGGCAAAAGGUUUCGAAUGCAGUCCGCGCUUAUUGUACACGCCAGAUCUCAUUUACCUGCGGAGUUGAAGAACAGAUAUCAAUGCGAUCAAUGCCCGAAAAGAUUUGGCACCAAACCGAACCUCAUGGCUCACAAAAGGAUACAUACUGGGAUAAGGGAUUAUACUUGUGAUCAGUGUGGUAAAAGUUUCGUUCAGAAAGGGAACCUAGACAAUCAUUUGUUGACUCAUAACCCAACGCGCCCGUUUAACUGCGGUAUUUGCGGGAAAACGUUUAAAACUCUUUUAAGGUUGAAAAAACAUGAUUCUGUUCAUUCUGGCCUCAAACCACAUAAAUGCGAUGUGUGCGGUCGUACUUUCAGAGAGAGGGGAACUUUAAAAGAACAUCACAGAAUUCACACGGGCGCAAUGCCAUUCACCUGCGAAUUCUGCGGCAAAUGUUUCAGAUUCAAAGGGGUACUUACUACUCAUCGAAGGCAGCAUACAGGCGAAAGACCAUACUCUUGCAACGAAUGUCAACAUCAUUUUACGAAUUGGCCAAAUUACAACAAACACAUGAAACGAAGACACGGCAUAAACACAAGUGUGACUUGCAGGACAAGGCAGGAUAUUCCACCCACAGGCAUGCCUCACAGAAAUCCCCCAGGGACUGUGUUGGCCCCUCCACAGCCUAUUGUUAUAACUGACAACUUUGUAGAGCCUACACCUACUUAUUACCCAGUUUUAAGUUUGUAUAAUAUUCCAGAAGAGCUGCUUCAGCAAAGAGUGUGAUUAUUCGUUAAGUGUUAGCUUUAUCGAUUUAUUUUUUAUAAAUUAGGUAUGACCAUCUUCGAUAGAAUUGUAUUUAUUGUUUUUAAAUGUAUGUACUUUAUUUAAAAUAGAGAUUAAAUAAAGUUAUAAGAUAUGCUGC